GUGAAAAAAAAUCUACUUCUUCGACCUCCUCCCUGUGGUUCUACUGCCAUCUGCAAAAAAAUCCACUGUCAGAAACAACCAAUCAGAGCCUGGAGGUGGGUCUUAGUGUUGUCAAUCAUCCUUGUAUAUGUUUAAGGUCCAGAUAAUGUGUGCAGUGAUGGAUUUCAAGCAUUGUUUUGAAUGUAGCUUUAAUUUUUAAAUGAGACUUUUGAUUUUUUUCUUUCUUUUUUUUUUCCAUAGAGACAUUUGUUCACUGUAUGCUAACAAACCUCUGAGGCUUUCACCGAACAGCUGGAUUUAAACUGAGAUGAAAUCCCACACAUUCAAUUUACUAAUGAAGUGACUUGGAAGGCCAGUUGACUGAUUGAUUGCUGAGGGGUAUCAAAGCAAAACAUGAAAAGUUCAAGAGCUGGUCACCUCCUGCUGUGGCUGGUGCUGGUGAGGAACCCCCGGAGCCGCUCCAAGCCGAGCUCCAUCCUGCUCCUCAACCUCAGCCUAGUGGACCUUGGAGCCCUACUCACCCUGCCCUGUGUGCUCCUGAGCGCCAGCUUCCAGAACUGGCAGCUCGGCGGAGGGACCUGCGUUCUGCUGGGGUUCAUGACUUCGGUGACGGUAGGAGUUGAGAUCUUCAGCCUGGCAGCGUUGGCAGUGCUGAGGUAUCGCAUUGUUGCACCACGGAUGAGGCCGCCUGCUAGUUUGACGCAAGUGCUGUGCACUGUGGUGGCCAUUUGGCUGGUCUCGGUAACCAUGGCCUUGCCGAAGGUCACAUACAUCAACUUUGACGGCGGAUGCACCUGGUCGGUUGGUCAACAGGAGUGGCUGUUCUUCCUGGUCCCUGCCUUCCUGGUGUACUACAUGGCGCCCCUCUUGUGCAUCGCCAUCAACUGUGGCCUCAUCAUCUCCCACCUCCACCGCUGCAGAGGGAGCCUGGUCGCCGACAGACGCAACAAGACAGCCACCGCCCUGCUAAUUGGCUCGACGUUGGUUUUUGCGGUCAGCUGGUUGCCGUAUUACGCGCUCGAGUUCGUCAACGUUCUGUCCCCUUACGUCAGUUCAGUGGCGUCUCCCACAAGCAGAUUAGAUACGGGCCCAUCUGGGACUUUGUCUACUUUCUACCCACCGGCCACUCCGUCCAGGCCCAGUGAGCAAACCUUUACGAGGGUCACGCUACUGUGGGAGGUGGGCUCUCUGGCGGCCAUUUUGUUGGUGUGCCUGGCUCCGUGUUGGAACCCUCCGCUGUACUUCUUGUUGUCACGCCCAGCUGUACGCCAGCUAAGAGCUCUCCUGCCUUCUUUCAUCCGAGAGCAGUUGGGGAGAAAGCCUGCGCAGCGCUGGCGCAUUGCUCCGGCUCUGCCUCCAUGUCUGCCGGCGCCUGGCGCGGCCUCGGACCCGCUCGAUCGGCAAAGCCUGACGCACAGAUUGACUCAGUGAAGAUGGCAGCAGCUGUGCUCACUCUCGUCCAGCUCACACGUGCCGUCAAUGAAACGGCGCAUGUCUAAAGACGUGAUUCACAGGACGCACUGUUCAUGUCCAUACUGAGUGCAUUCAUGGCUCUUGGCAACAAUAAACUCUCACGUUGGAUCAUUAUCAGACCCCAUUCUAGGCUAUAAACAGGGUUUAAGAUCACAAUACCAGAUGCACUUAGCAACUUGCUGUCCGGUCAAUUCCAGCUAGAAGAGGGAGUCAAACCAAAUGGAAAAUAAAAACUGAAAAGCCAAACAAUGCAAUUUCUUUGUGUAUCACAGCCCAAAUAAUCUUUUGUAUUCAGGUCACUGAACCUAAAUAUAUGGAUUUAAGCUCACACAUGGGACUUGAACCGCAGUAGUUUGCUUUUUCGGUGCUGAAGGGCAUCAGCUAAACCUAUCCUGACUGGCUUAACCCAUUCAAGCAAAUAUAAACCAAAACUCCCCAUAGGGACCUUACACACAAAACCCUAACUUCGAUGAAGAAAAACAUCAGGCGAGUAGGAUAAACAGCAUCUGCAUUGUGGAAAAUUGGCUUUGCUCUUUGCAAUCUUUUAGAACCUUCUAUAGUGCAGCACAGCAAUGCAUCACAACACGCAGCGCAGGCCUGCAACCCCCAUUACAGAGCUGUCUGACAGAGUGGAGACACAGGAGACGACGCGCCUUUAGAAAUCUCCAUGAAAAGCUCGGAGGCAGCUGAUUCUGGAUUCAAUGUCAUGGUAAUAACCUCCAUGAAAAGAGGGCCCUUUGACUUUGACGCGCAUUAAAAGACGCUGGCUUGUUUGGUUCAGAACCUGAAUGCUGAGAAGUGGCUAUUAAAAAGAGAUUUGACACAAAGUAUUGCAUCUGCUCUGCUGGGGGAAAAUGACUUGCCUGGAAGUGGAUCCUAUCUGCAUCUAGAGUGGAUUAAUAUCACAUCGUAAAGGUCAUGUUGCGUACUGCCUGUAACUUGGUUAUACUCAUUAAUGAAAUAGCGAAGGCCGUGUAAUUUGUUUUGCUGUUUUCUGUUGACGGUGCAGUUUCAUGUGCCGCAGAGGUCUGGAUGUAUACAUUUGCAGAACUAUUCACACCCCCUCAUGUUUUGUCAUGUUACAACCAGGAACUAAAACUAAAAAUUUGGAUGUGUAUUUACUUUACUCAAAGAAACUGCUAAUAAAACUCCAGUAUUCACCUUUAGGAUAGCUGGUAUAUUAGCAAAUAUAUUAUUUUGGAAUUUUAUGGCAGAAAUUGACACAAAGCGAAGAACUGUGCAGGUCGACAAACAAUAUGAGUGGAUUACAAAAUGUUUUACAAAAAAAAAUUAAUAAAAUAAAAAAACAAUCCAACAGGUUCUUCUCCUAAAUUUUCCUGGAAUGUUGCUCCAUCCACCAUAACUGGUUUCCUUUUCCCUGCUGAGCAAAUGUAUCCUCACAGCAUGAUACUGCUGCCGCCGUGUUUUACUGCAGGGAUGGAGUUUUGAGUUACGCCAUAGUGUGACUUUUGUUGAAUUUCAAUUCACUUCACAAGGUUUCUUUUUGACUCUCUUCCAACAAAGGCUUCCAUUUUCUUACGCACCCAAUAAAGAGCAGAUUUGUGGAGUACAUGAAUAAUCCUCUGGUGUUUCCAUGGGGAUCUUCGCUGUUUGCUAGAUUAAGGCUCCCCGUGCCCUCGCCUGUUGGUCCGGGUGACCAGCUUGUGCUUCGGUCAAUUUUCAGGUUCGUUUUUCCAUCUGACUUUUGGGGUAAAGUCAUUGAACAAUGUUCUGAGGCUUUCGAAGCUUUGCUGUUUGUCUUUUAACCCAACCCUGCUUUAAACUUCUCCACAACAUUAUCCCUGACCCUUCUGCCAUGUUCUCCAACAAAUCUCUCAUGGCUUUACAGAUCGGCUACUCUUAUAUAUUAAGAUUGAUGUGGACAAAUCCAGGAAGGCAGCAUGUGAAGGCAAUUGGUUGUUCUGUAUUUUAUUCAGGGAUAUCAGGAUGUUGGAUGUUACCGGGGGUUUUUUCUAUUGCAGCCAAAUUGACUGAGACUUGGGCUUAUAACAUGAAGCAAUUUCAGAGAGCGAAAAAAAAGAAAAGCAAAGCCAUAGUUGUACAGGCUUAUUUGUUUUCUUGCAGAGGAUCAGAUGAGAGUAUUACUGGAGCGCUUCUCUUUGACUGAUGAAUGUUAUGCAAAUCCUGUUGAAGCCU